AUGGAGAACAACAGCAGUACCAUGAUAUCUUGGGAAAAAAAGAUAUUCAUGAUCAAUGAGCUUCUAACCCAAGCAAAAGAGGAAGUAAAACAACUAGAAAUGCAUCUUGCACCAUCUGCCAUUACAUGUGGGAAGUUGUCCAUAGCUAAAAUCGUAUCUGCUUUCGAGAUUUCCCUUUUCAUGUUGAAUGAAAUCAAGCUAGAGGGCAGGGGUGAUCAACCUCAAAUCACCCAGAUAGAGUUACCACUAAGUUCCGUUAGCAGAAGCCCACGUAGCGAUUACGAAUCUGAUCUCAUGACCAACUACUCCAAAAAGAGAAAAAUUCUACCAAAAUGGACGAAAAAAGAACGUGUCUGCGAACUGACGGGGUUUGAAGGACCUCCAGAUGAUGCAUACAGUUGGAGAAAGUACGGACAGAAGGACAUUCUUAACAACAACUAUCCUAGAGCCUAUUACAGAUGUACUCAUAGAGAUGUCCAAAGGUGUUUAGCUAAGAAACUAGUUCAACGAACUGACGAAGACCCAUCGUUGUUUUGCAUUACAUACUGGGGCAAACAUACUUGUAUUCAAGCCUGGCAUCUACAACCAGGGGAACAACACAAGAAACAUGACCUAAAACACAACAAAUCAAAAGAAACACUAACCAAUUUUCAAACAAGUUGUCAUGUCAAGGCAGAAGAUUUCGCAACACGAGUACUAGCUUCAUUCUCACUUCAUUUUACUUCAAAACCUGCCUCUUGUUUAGAGAAAGAAAACAACAACACCAUUUUCUCUUCAUUGACACCUGAUAACCACUUCGGUGGUAGUCUUUUGUCGCCUCCACUCAUGUCUUCUGAAGUUUCGGAUCAGUAUACUCUACAAACUUCAGAAUAUGAUGUUAAUGAGCUCAUUUCAGCUGCAGCUUUAGAUGCGUGUCCCUCAUUUCAAGAUUUAGAUUCAGAUAUCCCUAUCCAGUCUGGUUUCAGUUACCUAUUUGAUACUCCGAGUUUUUUUGACGCUAUGUAAGAAAUUUGUAUCCUUGAAGGCUGA